UGAAUUUUGUCAAAGAAGAAUAGUGCAUCAUCCAUCCGAUGUAGACGUCUUUUUUCACUCCCUUGUUUUCUGUCAUUUUUACAAUCGAAACUAUUGUGGUAAUUGUAUUUUUAUUUCGCAAAAAAAUAUGUACAGAGACUGUUGUGUAGCAAACCAGUGUAUUGAAACGAUAGAAUACUAAAUAGUGGUUAUAAAAAUAUGUUUACAUCGGCAAUUCUAAUCGUAUAGUCCGCAAUGGAUACGUUGCAAAUAGGACUCGGGCACAGCAAGGGGUCGAGUAGAAGUCAGUCGCCAUCUGCCGCAGACCUGCGGGAUCCGGCAGUUAUAACGGAUGACGUCAUCAGAUCGAGGGUUCAGUCACCCUCUACUGCUCACCAUGAGUCGUCUCGCCAUGCAGAGACGAGGGCUCACCAUGUCAAGUCGCACUCCAGAGAUAUGGGCAACAGCCCGCUCUCUGGGAACACCACAGUUAAUAGUUCUAGAGAUUUGGAAGACUCGCCGCAAAAGAAAAGCAUGUCAAAUAUCCUGACCCCAAGCGACUAUGCGUACGCGGUGGUCAGCCCUAACGUCUCAUACGCACUUUCCGCUGAUGAGUACGGCUCGCCCGCCUAUAGAGGUCAGGAUGGAGACUAUAAUCAAGAUGAUAGCGAUGCUGGCAACGUAGCGUCAGCGAAGGCGCAGGCCGCCAUCGCUCAUCUCAACAGCAAGAUUGAGCGCACCAAGGAUCUCAUCCGCCUGGAGCAGACUAUACGGGACGACAAUGUGAAUGAAUACCUGAAGUUAGCGGCGAACGCGGACAAACAACAAUUACAACGCAUCAAGGCAGUGUUCGAAAAGAAGAACCAGAAAAGCGCGCUUUGUAUCGUGCAGCUACAGAAGAAGCUUGACGGUUAUAACAAACGGAUCAAGAGCUGGGAGCAACACGGCACAAGUGGGCAGUCCCAUAGACAACCUAGAGAGGUUCUACGAGAUAUGGGGCAAGGUUUGAAGAAUGUGGGCGGCAACAUUCGGGAUGGCAUCACAGGUCUGGGCGGCAGCGUGAUGUCCGCGCCGCGCGAGUUCGCUCAUCUGUUCUCUCGCUCCAACCGCUUUGGCUCCGCGGACAACAUCGCACAACUCGCCGGCUCGCGCGCGUCCGAGGCGGGCGAGGGAGGCCGGGGCUCCACGCUGCCUCGCGCGGCAACCAGCGCCGCCUCGCCCGCGCACAAGUACUCGCCCGAGGCCUCGCCCUCGUCCUCCGUCACGAGUGAAGGAGCGCCGUACCCAACACAGUCGGGUUCCAACAACAUGUCGGAGGCGACCUUCAGCAUCAAACCGAUCCUGAACGAGUUGCGCGAGCGACGGGAGGACUAUGAACGGUUAGCCGAGAAAAUGGACGCGCUCAAGAACUUAUCACAAGAGGUAUCAUUUCUGUCGGCGGCGUUACAAGAGGAGCGCUUCAAGACGGAGCGGCUGGAGGAGCAAAUCAAUGAUCUCACUGAACUGCAUCAAAACGAGGUAGAAAAUUUAAAACAAGCACUGACGGACGUAGAGGAAAAAGUACAAUAUCAGAGUGAAGAGCGAAUACGAGACAUACACGAGGCGUUAGAUCUAUGUCAAACUAAAAUUAGCAAAUUAGAGCAAUGGAUGGCGGGUGGUGGCGGCGGGGGAGGGGCGGGGGGUGCGGGUGGCGACGCGGGAGGGGCGGCAGCGUUGCCUCCUAGAUUGCUACUCGUCAAACUUCUUAAUGUUGCCAUCACGCUACUGCAACUGGCGUUACUACUGGUUGCUACGGUCGCUGGAGUGGCCAUGCCUUUCCUACGCACCAGAGUGCGUGUGCUAACAACAAGCCUAGCGGUAAUGGUAGGGGUGAUGGUGCUCAAGCAAUGGCCCGAGGUGACACAACUAUCGGAGCACCUGCUUCGUCGCUUCAAGGAGUACCUCCUCGACAAGCACCACGAUAGGUAAUGCACAACACUCACAACUGUAUUACUAUAACUAAUUUAUUAAUAUAUUUAUUUAUUAUUGUAUUGAGGCUUCGAAACUUAGUAUGAGUUCUCACAUAUCGAUAACGUUAAAAGAUUUCGAGUAUCGAAACCGUAUAACGUCAAAGUGAAUUGGACCUAAAACUCCGUUUUAAUGUUGUACGGGAACAGGUGGUAUUAUGGGCUCUACCAUGCCAUAAUGCUGUCUGUAAUAUCGAUGGCUUAGUUUACAAUUGCACUAACUAUACAAUGUAAAGUGGAGAGCUGUUUAAAGUUCAGACAUCAGCGCAAAAAUAGAUCAUUUCAAUACAGUUUACCAUCUGAUUGAGAAUUGUGGUCAAAUGCAAAACUACUGAAAUGAUCUACUAAUUUUUUGAUAAUCAUAUCUGAACUUUAAAUAGCUCGCCUGCAAAAUCAACAAUUGUGUAGUUAGUGCAAAUGUGAACUAAGCCAUCGGUCUACAAAAUCGUAAUACUAUCUAUUAUAAACUUUUAUAUAUUUUGCAAAGUUUCCGCUUGGGGCACUGGCUGUACUGCUGGCAGUAAUAUGGGCUAACUCUAACCUCAAAACAACAAAUUUUAGAUCAUCUAUACCUCCUUCCUUCCUUCUAGUAUUUCCUGUAGAUAUCCUUCCUAUUUAUAUCCAUUAGAUAUUUUAGCGGUACGAUACUCAAAAUCUAUCAACAUUAUCGAAAUGUGCAAACUUAUACUAGGAAGGACACAACGCGCUACGGUACCUAACAUCAAUUACGACAGUCCGAGUAUAGAUCCUCGGUCUAGACUUAUAAUACAAGGUACUGUAUGAAGUACAGUCUAAAGCCGUAAGUCGUUUAGCACCUUAAUGAGCACAUUCGCGUGGCACGGUUAUGCACAUGCAUUAGGUGUGUGUGGCGUGUUUAUAGAAAAAGGUCAUAAGUGCGACAGGUUUUUGAUGCAAUAGUUUCGCAGAGUUGCUACUCGAAUUUUGAGGCCGACUGUACAUCACUGCGCAGCACAACCGUAGCAGAUAUCUCUUAUGCGCGCUCCACAGUGUGAACGCCUUAAUCAGUUCCUCGUAUUAAAAUGUCUUAUAGCCACUUGCGUUUGCCGUCACGCGUUGUGUGUUCGAGCCUUUAGAAUGUCCUUUCCGGUGUAUGGGGAAUGGGUGGAUUGAUUUUUGGACUGAAAUAAAAAUGAUCAAGGAUCUAUGGAAUAAGAUAGACGUAUGUAGCAUUAUUUUUUAAUAUAUUAAAUUUUAUUUUUGUAUGAGCGAAGUGAGCUCUCUGAGUCCACUUGGGUGAAUUUGACUUAUAUAUUUGAAUAUUACAGAGAUUAUUACAGAGCAGAUAAACAGCUAUCUGCUCUGUCCGUCAGAGCAAAGGUGUCUAACAGAUGAAUGACAGUUAACUUUA